AUUAUAACUUUGUUUUAGCUGUUAAAUAACAGUUUCCCGACAAUCCCGGUAAAACAGAUUUUGUAGAAUAGGUGUAAACAGGAUGGUAUAUGAAAUUUUAUAGUAGAUUUUUAUUUUGGUGUGCGUAUAUAUAUAUAUUUUUUUAUUUUAAUCGAUAUGUAUUCAAUAUUUCUUAUUCUUACUGUAAUAAUAUCGGGUAUUUAGUCAGAUGUUUUAUUGUUUUCCUAGUUUGAAUAAUGGUAACGUUCCGAGUUGUUAGCGAUGCGAUGAAUCGUAUUCUACCUGAGAUUGGAAGAAAGAAAAGAAUGAAAGAAUUUCUCUUUUUGUUUUACUUUACUUGGUGGAUGCAAUUUGCUUAGUAUGUUGAGGAGAAUUUUAAGAUUAUGCCUAAUUCUACUUAUUUCAAAUACUACUCCUUGGAUAUUUAUGUUAAUGAUUUACUUCAUCCAAAGUGCUAGUCCUAUUCCAGUUUAUUUGAUUGAAAGAACCAAAUCAAAUGAAGUAGUAUCAACUGAAAAUAGACAAUCAAACAAACAAAAAUUAUUGAAAAAUAUUUCGUUUCUGUCAGGUGUUGAAUUUCUUGUUACUAAAAAUUAUAUUGAACUGAAUAAUGAAAAGGAAAGAAAUUUUACAAAAGUUUUUAGGAGAAAAUUAUUUUCAACACAGUUACAAUCUGAUUCAGAAAAUAAAAACAGUGAUAAAGAAGUGUCUAACAAAACAAAUGUAAAAAAUGAUAGCAUGGAGAUUAAAAUAAAAAGUGGUAAUUCAGGAUUGCAAAGACAGAAAAAAAUUCUAAAUGAUUUUACUAAUAAUGAAGGAUUCAAUUUAGGAAAGGAAAACAAUGCUAGUCAUAUAAAACAAAUGAACAACAACAAAGCACAUUUAUCUACAUUUGAAAAUUAUACAUCAUCAUUAAAUGCAAGUAACCAGUCAAUUACUAGUCCAUUACUUGAAGAUAAUUCAUUGACUGUGGAUAUUUUAUCAUCCGGAAUAAACAAUACAUUAUUGAAUGAUUCAAUUAUAAACAUGACAACUUUAAGUGAUUUUGAAAUUAUUCCAACAAAAUCCUUAAUAAAUAAUCUUUCUUCAAUAAACAAUGAUGAAACUGGCUUGACAAGUGGAGCAAUUGCAGGUGUUGUCAUUGCUGUUUUAAUUGCAGUAUUGUUGUUAAUUGGAAUUGUGAUAUAUAUUUUAUACCAAAAAUGUGGCAGGAAAACUAAAUUAGAGAGUAAGUGUCCCUCAGACAAUUGUGGUUAUGUUGAUGAUACUUUACGUAGCAGUGGAUAUCUGAACAGCCAUAUUGAAUUACCAAAGGAAAGUUCUGAGGAAAUGACUUCUCUAGAUAAUGAUUCAUUUCUCAACAGUCUAGAGUCGAUGACAUUUCAAAAUUAUUGGGCAGAUAAUACAAAAAAUACGAAGGUGUGAUGAUUGGUUGACUGAUUUCUUUAAAUGUAAAGAAACCUCGAGAUAUUUUACUUUUAAUUUAUAUUGGCAACUACAAUAUGUUCCUAUAUUUGCAAGACAUAAAAUUUAUCACUAUGAAUUUUUGUUUUCUCACAUAGUCUAUUGUUUCUCAACUGCUUUAAAAUCAUUAAAAAUUUCAUAUUUUUAGCUAAAAU